CACCAAAACUCAAAUCCCAACCCAUCCCCCACCCAACAACAAAGACCCCCUCCCUCCUCCACAUAUCCCAUCGCCUCUCCUCCGACCCUUCUGAUCGCAAACCACAACCAUGCCAGCCACAACAGCCGAGACACUAUCACUCGUCACCCGCAAUGUCUCCGUCGCACCUCUUGUCCUCCUCUCCGCAGCAGAUCACUACGGCCGCCAAGCAAAAGGCACACGGAAACGAGUGGUCGGCGUGCUACUCGGACAGAACGAUGGCAAGAAUGUGAGAGUAUCAAACAGCUUCGCGGUACCCUUCGAGGAAGACGAGAAGGACCCAUCGGUGUGGUUCCUGGAUCACAACUAUGUCGAGUCGAUGAACGAUAUGUUCAAGAAAGUGAAUGCGAGGGAGAAGCUGAUUGGGUGGUAUCACACGGGUCCGAAGCUGCGAGCGAGCGAUCUAGAGAUCAAUGAGCUGUUCAAGAGGUACACGCCGAAUCCACUGCUAGUCAUCAUCGAUGUGCAGCCGAAAGAGGUGGGGGUGCCGACAGAUGCAUAUUUUGCGGUGGAGGAGAUCAAGGAUGAUGGCACAACAACCUCCAAAACUUUUGUCCACACACCCUCAAUAAUCGAAGCAGAAGAAGCAGAAGAAAUCGGUGUCGAACACCUCCUCCGAGACAUCCGCGACGUCGCCGUCGGAACCCUAUCCACGCGCAUAACCUCGCAACUCCAAUCCCUGCAGGGCCUGCAUCUCCGCCUCCGCGACAUCGGCCAAUACCUCCAAAAAGUCCUCGACGGCGACCUCCCCGUCAACCACGCUAUCCUGGGCAACCUUCAAGACGUCUUCAACCUCCUCCCCAACCUCUCGACCCCCAAACCCACGCCUGUGGGCGGCGCAAUGAAUGGCGUGGGACCUGCGGCCGGGGCGGCGGGUGCACUAGAUAAUUCUGAGUUGGCGAGGGCGAUGAGUAUUAAGACUAAUGAUCAGCUGAUGGCGAUUUACUUGUCGAGUUUGAUCCGUGCUAUCACUGCGUUCCACGAUCUCAUUGAGAAUAAAAUUCAGAAUAGACAGCAGGCGGAGGAAAAAGAAGCGAAGAAGGAGGAGGCUAAGGAUGGCGAGAAAGAUAAGAAGGCGAAUGGUACGAAUGGAGAGACUAAGGAGGGGGAUAAGGAGAAGGGGAAGGAAGGGGAGAAGAAGAAAGGAUAGACGGGGGGCUGGAAU